AGAGCAGGAGGAGGAGGAAGAGGAGGAGGAGAAGGAGGGGGGUGGUUGAGCUGCUCCUGCACCCUCUCACACAGACGCUGCCCAGGAUUACCCGCCGGCUCAGGCUGCGCUGCGCGCUUUUCCGCUCCUCGUGGCCCCCCACAUUGUUCUCUCUGGACUCCUGGGUCCCCAGGGGCUGAAAUUGGGCUAGAGCCGGGGAGGGAAGAGGCUUGGCUUUGGCCGAAGGGUGGGAGGUUGGGGGCCAGGCGCCCCGGUCCCUAGCCCCCUCCCCCACGGCAUUUUUGGGGUUGUGGAUUAUCUCAUCUCCGCAGGGAGGUGGGAGAGGGCGCGGGCUGCCCGCCUCCCUGCCACCUCCCCGGCCGCGCCGGCCCGCGGCAGCCCCGCAGCAUGAGGUGGUGCUGGCGGCUCAGGGUGGUGGCGCGGCCGCUGUGGCGGCUGCUGCUCGGGGGGCGCUGAGGGGCCCCCCGGAGCGACGCGGCGGACGCGCUUAUCCCCGGCGCACCCGGGCCUCGAGGCUUUUUUUUCUCCAGCCGAGAGGACGCGGCUGUGAUACCAAGAUCUUCUGAAAGUGUUUUGAAACCAGAGUUUUCAGAUAUGGGAUUAUAGACCUGAACCACCAACUUCCCUAGCAAUGGAUGAUAAAUGACCUUGUGUGGACAGUAAUGACCUCACGUUUCCGAUUGCCUGCUGGCAGAACCUACAAUGUCCGAGCUUCAGAGUUGGCCCGAGAUAGACAGCAUACAGAAGUGGUUUGCAACAUCCUUCUUCUGGAUAACACUGUACAAGCUUUCAAAGUUAAUAAACAUGAUCAGGGACAAGUUCUCUUGGAUAUAGUCUUCAAGCAUCUUGAUUUGACUGAACAAGACUAUUUUGGUUUACAGUUGGCUGAUGAUUCUACAGAUAACCCCAGGUGGCUAGAUCCAAACAAACCAAUAAGGAAGCAGCUAAAGAAACUGCAUUUAUUUAUUCUAGGAGGAUCUCCUUACAGUUUGAACUUUAGAGUCAAAUUUUUUGUAGGUGACCCCAACAAGUUACAGGAAGAAUAUACAAGGUACCAGUAUUUUUUGCAAAUUAAACAAGACAUUCUUACUGGAAGAUUGCCUUGUCCUUAUAAUACCGCUGCCCUUUUAGCUUCAUUUGCUGUUCAGUCUGAACUUGGAGACUACAAUCAAUCAGAGAACUUGCCAGGCUACCUCUCAGAUUAUUCUUUCAUUCCUAAUCAACCUCAAGAUUUUGAAAAAGAAAUUGCAAAAUUACAUCAGCAGCAUAUAGGCUUAUCUCCUGCAGAAGCAGAAUUUAAUUACCUAAACACAGCACGUACCUUAGAACUCUACGGUGUUGAAUUCCACUAUGCAAGGGAUCAAAGUAACAAUGAAAUUAUGAUUGGAGUGAUGUCGGGAGGAAUUCUGAUUUAUAAGAACAAAGUACGAAUGAAUACUUUUCCAUGGUUGAAGAUUGUAAAAAUUUCUUUUAAGUGCAAACAGUUUUUUAUUCAACUUAGAAAGGAAUUGAGGUUAAGUGGUUCCAUUCAUUGUGUGAAAACCAGAGCUAUACCUUUAUGGGACGUGUGCUUUGCAAUGCACGAAUCUAGAGAAACGUUAUUGGGAUUUAAUAUGGUGAAUUACAGAGCAUGUAAAAAUUUGUGGAAAGCAUGUGUAGAACAUCACACAUUCUUCCGUUUGGACAGACCUCUUCCACCUCAAAAGAAUUUUUUUGCACAUUAUUUUACAUUAGGUUCAAAAUUCCGGUACUGUGGAAGAACUGAAGUCCAGUCAGUUCAGUAUGGCAAAGAAAAGGCAAAUAAAGACAGAGUAUUUGCAAGAUCCCCAAGUAAGCCGUUGGUGCGGAAAUUAAUGGAUUGGGAAGUAGCGAGCAGAAAUUCAAUAUCUGAUGAUAGGUUAGAAACACAGAGCCUUCCAUCACGGUCACCACCAGGGACUCCUAAUCAUCGAAAUUCUGCAUUCACACAAGAGGGAACACGGUUACGACCAUCUUCAGUUGGUCAUUUGGUAGACCAUGUGGUUCAUACUUCACCAAGAGAAGUAUUUGUGAAUCAGAGGUCACCAUCAUCAACGCAAGCUAAUAGCAUCAUUCUGGAAUCAUCACCUUCACAGGAGUCUCCAGGAGAUGGACAGCCCCCAGCUUUGCCACCCAAACAAUCUAAGAAAAACAGUUGGAACCAAAUUCAUUAUUCACAUUCUCAGCAAGAUCUAGAAAAUCAUAUUAAUGAAACAUAUGAUGUUCCAUCUUCUCCUGAAAAACCUACUCCAAAUGGUGGCAUUCCACAUGAUAAUCUUGUUCUAAUCAGAAUGAAACCUGAUGAAAAUGGAAGAUUUGGAUUCAAUGUAAAGGGAGGAUAUGACCAGAAGAUGCCUGUGAUUGUGUCCCGGGUGGCACCAGGAACUCCUGCUGACCUCUGUGUCCCUCGAUUGAAUGAAGGAGACCAAGUUGUACUGAUCAAUGGUCGGGACAUUACAGAACAUACCCAUGAUCAAGUUGUCCUGUUUAUUAAAGCUAGCUGUGAGAGACAUUCUGGGGAACUCGUGCUUCUAGUUCGACCUAAUGCUGUAUAUGAUGUAGUGGAAGAAAAGCUAGAAAAUGAGCCAGACUUCCAGUACAUUCCUGAAAAAGCCCCAGUGGAUAAUGUCCAUCAGGAUGACCAUUCCCUGCAGGAGUCAAUGAUACAGCUAGCUGAGGGACUUAUCACUGGAACAGUCCUGACACAAUUUGAUCAACUUUAUCGGAAAAAACCUGGAAUGACAAUGUCUUGUGCCAAAUUACCUCAGAACAUUUCCAAAAAUAGAUACAGAGAUAUUUCGCCUUAUGAUGCUACACGGGUCAUUUUAAAAGGUAAUGAAGACUACAUCAAUGCAAACUAUAUAAAUAUGGAAAUUCCUUCUUCCAGCAUUAUAAAUCAGUACAUUGCUUGUCAAGGGCCAUUACCACACACUUGUACAGAUUUUUGGCAAAUGACUUGGGAACAGGGCUCCUCCAUGGUUGUAAUGUUGACCACACAAGUUGAACGUGGCAGAGUUAAAUGUCACCAAUAUUGGCCAGAACCCACAGGAAGCUCAUCCUAUGGAUGCUACCAAGUCACCUGCCACUCAGAAGAAGGAAACACUGCUUAUAUCUUCAGGAAGAUGACACUAUUUAACCAAGAGAAAAAUGAGAGUCGUCAAGUCACUCAGAUCCAGUACAUAGCCUGGCCUGACCAUGGAGUCCCUGAUGAUUCAAGUGACUUUCUGGAUUUUGUUUGUUAUGUACGAAAUAAAAGGGCUGGAAAGGAAGAACCUGUUGUUGUUCAUUGCAGUGCUGGAAUUGGAAGAACUGGGGUUCUUAUUACUAUGGAAACAGCCAUGUGUCUCAUUGAAUGCAAUCAGCCUGUUUAUCCACUAGACAUCGUAAGAGCAAUGAGAGAUCAACGAGCCAUGAUGAUCCAAACACCCAGUCAAUACAGAUUUGUAUGUGAAGCUAUUUUGAAAGUUUAUGAAGAAGGCUUUGUUAAACCCUUAACAACAUCAUCAAAUAAAUAAGAAAGCAAAAUUUCUGGGAUAUGUGUUGGAACGCUGCUUUCCCUUAUACACACUGUGCCAUAAUAUUGCUCGCAGGAAAUGGCAUCUAACAAAAAAAAAAAAAAAAGAAGAAGAAGUCAGAAAAACUUUGAGAACUUCAGCACUGUUGCACUUUACGUUUUAAAAAAAAAUGUCACUCUUUCACAAUCUGUAACUCAAUGUGUUUGAAGACUAUUUCAUGCUUUGCUCCGAACAAAUAGUGAAUAACUGAGUAUGUUCAGGGUAAUUUAUGAAAUUUUAUGGUGGUGCCAUGCAGUCCCCUUUUGGUAGAAUUGCCACAAGCAAGGCUCAGAAUUCUCAUCAUCUCUGUUAUACAUCUGUAUCUUGAAAGCAAAAGAAGUAAACAUCAGGAGUAAGCUCUGGU